AUGCAGAAGAUAGUAGCAGGAUGGCAAUGGAUAGACAACGAUAAUACUGAUCGAGGAGACUAUGGACUGCAUACCAUUAAUAACAGGAAGGAAUUGUGGCAAGAGUUACAGACUAUUGCUACUCAAAUGUCAGGGCCUAGGGUGAUGAUGGGAGAUUUCAAUCCAAUACUAUCUAUGGAGGACAGACUAUAUGGUAAUCCAGUCCAAGAGGUUGAGGUGAUUUCAAGGAAUUCCUGCAGCAAUCUGUGGCCUCAUCUGGAAGGGGUCAUUAUGGACACAUACUUCUCUGAUCACUACCCUUUGAGGAUCCCUUUUGAGAUUGUCAAGGAAACAGGAACAAAGACUUUCAAGUUCUUCAAUUACCUAGUUGAACAUCAGGACUUCAUGCAGGCUAUGGAAACUAGCUGGAGAAAGCCUAGCAACCUGCACUCUAUGCAAAUGGCCUGGCUAAAAUUCAAACAGUUGAAUGGUGAGAUGAAAAGACUAGUAAGAAGGGAGCCUGGCAAGGUUGAAGAUAGAAUAGCACAAGCAAGAGAGAAGCUGAAAACUAUACAAAUACAAAUGAGAGAUCCUGCCAGGAGUUUAGAAUUAGUGCAAGUUGAAGCAAAAGCAAAAGAAGAGCUUGAGAAAUGGUUGAUGGUAGAGGAAAGCAUAGCAAGCAAAAAUCUAGAGUACAGUGAGGAAGAAAUACAAAAGUUCUACAAGGGAUUUCUUGGUCAAGUUGCUCAUCAGCUCCCAGUGGUGCAACAGGACAUAAUGCAAAGUGGCAAGGUGGUAACAAGGGACCAGCAGCUAAAGCUCAUCAGGCCAAUCACAAAGGAAGAAGUGAAUGGGGCUAUUAAGGGUAUUGGUGAUCAGAAAGCCCCAAGAUGUGAUGGCUUCAAUGCCUUCUUCUACAAGAGGACAUGGCCAGUCAUAGGGGAGGAUGUAACAUUUGUUGUGAUUGAAUUCUUCAAUUCAGGAAGUAUGUUAAUUGGGGAUAACAUCAUCAUGGCACAUGAACUAGUUAACGGCUAUGAGAGGAAGGAUAUUUCACCUGGAUGCAUGCUAAAAAUUGACAUGCGGAAGGCAUAUGAUUCCUUAGAAUAUCCAUACCUACAACAAAUUUUGAGGCUGAUUGGAUUUCCAGAAAUAUUUGUUGCUUGGAUAAUGGAGUGCAUCACUACUGUUACUUAUUCUAUCAUUAUCAAUGGCAAGCCUUUACAGCUAUUUGCAGUCAGGAAGGAAUUGAGACAGGAUAACCCCCUCUCCCCUUACCUAUUUGUACUAGGAAUGGAGUACCUAAGUCGACUAAUGAAGACCUUGAAGACAAUCAAAGGUUUCAGAUAUCAUCCUAGGUGUGCUAAGUUCAACUUGGUCCAGCUUGGGUUUGUAGAUGACCUCUUGCAAUUCUGCAGAGGAGAUGUUCAGUCAGUACAUGCUUUACAUGAUAAGUUUCAAAUGUUCUCUAAAGUAUUAGGACUAAUAGCCAACCCCAACAAAAGCUCAAUCUACUUUGGAGGUGUCUGUCAGAAUUCUCUAGGGUUGAUUAUGGAGGCUUUAAACUUUAGAAGAGGAGAGCUACCCAUUAGUUACUCACGUAUGCCCCUAAGUACCAAGAGACUGUCGAUUCUGCAAUGUGAGCCCUUUAUUGAAAAGAUGAUGGAAAAAAUAACCUCGUGGACAACUAAAUUCCUCUCAUAUGCUGGCAGAACACAACUGAUCCUGAGUGUAUUAUAUGUUAUUCAAACUUUCUGGGCUCAAGUGUUCAUUCUUCCGAAAAAAGCUUGUCCAGUUUAUAGAGACAAUCUGCAGAAAGUUCCUAUGGACAUGCAUUGCUGA